AAAUAACACUCGAAUGAUUUCAUAGUCAAAUUUAGACAGAAUGAAAGUAAAAUAUGCGAAUACCAACAAUGACUCAGCUAAAAAGAGAAUAAAAGGUAUUAAGGAGCUAUGAGUAUAGAGUGAGAAAAAUGUUGUUUAUUUUUAGGCAUUAAUGUGACAUCGAUUGAAAAUUGUUCCAAUGAGCUGUGGCUUGAAUUUCUCGACUAUUUAACACCGUUGGACAUUCUCCUCUCGUUUACCGGUUUGAACUCUCGCGUGCAGUCUUUUCUUUACUCUUAUUCGAUCAAUAUCGACCUGUCUUCACCGCACAUUUCAUUUCCUCAAUUUUGUCGUUACUGUGAGAUUUUAGAACAAUUUUCUCCUGAUUCAAUUGAAACAAUUACUUUAUCUAAUGAGAACAAAGUGGACUCCAUUCGUCUUUUUGCUAUCGAACGAUUCAAUAAUAUAUGUACAUUAAUUCUAAAGGAUCUAAGUGCUAAUGAUCUCCUCGAUUUGGGACCCAAACUGGAACAAUUUACACGUUUAACUAAGUUACAGAUUCUGAAAACGAGUGAUCAAAUUGAUAUUUCAAAGUUUUUCUCUUUAAAAUCAUUGAAAAUCUUGCAUAUCGGACGACUUCAUCCGAAUAGCUACGACCAUCUGAACACAUCAUUAAUCGAACAAUUGAUACUUGACUACGGCGAUAUGGAUAUAUUUUAUUAUUUAAACUCAACUUUAACGCAUUUAACAGUAAAUGAAGUUGAGCAACCGUUAUCGGAAAUGAAUGAUAAUAUAAUAAUAUCAAAACUCACUCAUUUAAAAUUGAAUAUGACAGUGUACGAUAGAAAAGAAGUCUUGUUUAUCGAUCUUGCGGUUGUUCUUAAAAGAAUUAGUGAACAUCUUAUACAUUUUUCAUUAAAACUUCGAGCAUUCAAGAAUCCAAGAUAUUGUAGCGGUACUUAUUGGAUAAGCAUAUUGUCAUCCCUGUCAGUCGCCACACACAUCGAACUAUUUGUCAGAGUAGAUCACAUUGAUAGAGGUACAAUUGACUUUACUCCGUUAUCGUCAACGUUCGAAGCUCCAUUCUGGUCACAAAGGUCUUUGCCGGUCAAUAUAUAUUAUAGUAACGAUAGCGUUGGUUCCUACUGGUUUCAUACGGUACCCUAUCCUCAAAUGGAUACUGUUCAGGAUGGACCAAGAUGCUAUGGAAUCCAAACGUUGAUAGCGUCAACGUUAUAUCCACUGCAAAAAUGUCGAAUUUCUCGUAGUGAACGAGUAGCAAAGUGUGAGCUGCGUAUCGAUCAGUUUUUUGAUGAUCGUACAUACCCGACUGGUGAACGUGUUGCUGAUGAAUACACGUUCUAUGCUGUAAUCGUCGUUUUGUCGGUAACUGCUUAUGUUUUAAUAGCUGAUAUUUGGGAGCUUUCUAAUAAUCGUGUUUAUGUUCCAGACAAAUUGUGA